UUACAAAAUUUUGUCGUCGUCAUCAAUUGCAUCCGUAUGCAGCCUAUGCUUCUUUAAAUGUGCAGUCCUCCGCGACUUUCUCUUCUUUUUCUCACACAUUUCUUCGAUAGGAAGCUUCAUCCUUAAACCUCCUUGAUCGCUUUCCCCUUUGAUUCAACUGCCGGUGAGAUUUCAGAGGUCUCUGGUAGAGGUGGAGAAACUACCUUUAACUUGUGUAGUUGUUACGAGAAGAUGGUCAUGAACGAUUAUGAUUCUGAUGCGAUUCGUUGGGGUCUUCGUUUUUUCAACGGGGACUUAAAUGGGGACAUGCCGUAUAGUACCGAGUACUUGCCUGUCACGGCACAACAGGAUGUCAAUUUCUAUGAGCAUUAUUAUGGAAAUCAUUGCAAUAAUGAGGUUAACAAUGUGGAGAACGACGAAAUUAUUGCACACACUCUUCAGGAGGAGUUUUCCCAAUUAGAAAUUGCAGAGGCCUCAGGAUAUUCAAAUGUAGAAGAUCCAUCCCAUGCAUCGAAGUUUGCGCUUGGUUGGAACAAUCCAUCCUCGAGGAAAUACAGUUCAGAAAAUGAUUCUGUUGAAGAUGAAGUUGAAACUGUGGAGCCUUCUAGUUCAUGUUCUAGUCCAGGUCAAGAGGAUAAUUACUAUCCAUAUGGGCAUGAUAAUCAAGUAGAUUGGAGAAUGGAUCAAAUGAUUCCAGCACCUCAUGUCCCAAGAAUUAAUGGUGAGAUUCCUUCAAUUGAUGAAGUAACUUCAGAUCAUCAAAGGUUGCUGGAUAGGUUGAAGGUAUAUGAUUUCGUUGAACGCAAGGUGAAAGGGGAUGGUAAUUGUCAGUUCCGUGCUUUAUCCGAUCAACUAUUUGGAACCUCUGAUCGACACAAGUUGGUGAGAGAAAAUGUUGUGAAUCAGCUCAAAUCACAUCGGGAGAUUUACGAGGGAUACGUUCCCAUGCCAUAUGAUGAUUAUUUGGAAAAGAUGUCCAUGAGUGGUGAGUGGGGUGAUCAUGUAACACUACAGGCAGCUGCAGAUUGGUAUGGCGUCAAAAUAUUUGUUAUGACUUCUUUUAAGGAAACCUGUUGUAUUGAGAUUCUCCCUAAUUUUCAGAAGAAAAAGCAAGUCAUUUUCCUGAGCUUUUGGGCAGAGGUCCAUUACAAUUCAAUCUAUCCUCAAGGAGGUGUUUCCUCAGUUGCAGACGAGGAAUCAUCAAAUGACUCGAGAAAGAGGAGGAAAUGGUGGAUUUUUGGAAACAAGCAUUAAAACUCCGGGCAAAAGGAUUGCAAAAUUUCGUCCCUGCUGCAUCAGUUUUGAUUGAUUCCACCAUCUUCUUGAUAUGCUCUUCCAUUUUCUUCCUGUUCUCCAUGCAUUGGUAAGGAUUGUUUUCAUUCUAGUAUCAGUACACUUCACUUCAAUUGUAUACUUCUAUCUCUCUUUGUUGACCACAGCCAGCAACAACAUAACAAAAGUGGUAUUCCCCAAAGGAUUUGGUACUUUCUUACAUAAGGAUGGAAUAUGGAUUAUCUUUUCACAGAAAGUAUUUGAUGUUUAAAAUCUCAACCCAUCCUGAUCUGAAAAGUUCCUUUCUUUUACAGAUUUUUAAUUAUUUUAGUUGACAUAGUAAAUAAUUAUUAUAUUGAAUUUCCAAUCCUAGGAAUGUUCCUGAUUCUGUCCCCAAUUCCAUACCCCACUGAAAAAUCUAAUGAUUUGGAACUCAUAAUACCAUGUUGACAAUGGUGGGUCCAUUCAAUCAGUAUAGACAGAGAAGAUAUUUAAAUGUAAACAAAAAGAAAAAGGAAAAAAAAUCGAAUUUCCAUAGCAGUAGAAGGUUUUACAGUUUCUUCUUCCCUUUACAAAUUCCAGCCAUGAACAGGACGAGAGGAAGGAGAAAGAAGAAGAGCUGAAAAAAGGGUAAAAAAAAGUCUCCAUACUGCAAUUUUAGACUCCUAUCUGUGUCGGUUUAAUCCUUCCAAUUUUCCAUUAUUCUCUGAAAACCUCCUCCUCCUGUCUCUCCUCCGUCUCCUCCCCCGUCGACGGCUGCAACAACAGCGCCGUGAACGGCAUGUGGCGAUAAUCAUUCCCAGCAGCAGAGUACUCCAUCCCGACCGGCUGGCAUAAAUCCAGACGGCAACUCGGUGGUGGCAUAGAGAACAUCCCCUGCCCACUGCCGCCCACCGUCACUGGCUGAAUCCUACAAGAAACAGACCGACCGGAAGAAGCCAUAGCAGAGGAGACGGUGGAGAUUGGACCAGAAGGAACUGUACCAGUACCCGUGGCGGCAAUGAUGGAAGGUUCAGCCUGACGGAGAAGCCACUCGAUGGUUUCACCCUCGGAACGAUGUCCGAGCUCGCGCGUUAACUGAAAGAUGCGGGCAGCACAGAGGGCGGGCAUACGGACGCGCCGCCCUCUUCCGUUGACCUUGAUGUGGCGAUCCUUGGAAGAAGAGGAGGAUAAGGAGGUGUUUGACUUGCGAGGGAGGAGGGAUUGGCGCGAGAUGGUGGCCGGAGACGAGUUACUGCCGACGACAGAGUGAGAAGCGGUGGGGGGCUGAGAAUGGGGGUCGGAAGAAGAGGGGAAUUUGUGUAGAACGAUGUCCGAUCCCAUAGUUGAAACAACUGUGUUGAGGAAGGAGUGAAAGGGGAGAAGAGAAGGUAGUUUCGAGGGUUUUGAUCGGAGGAAGAUUUUAGGGUUUGAGAUGAGAGCUGAGAGCUGACAGCUGAGGAAUGAAUAGAGAGAGGGAGGGAGAAACCGAUGAGGAAGAACUAAUUUAAGAAUAAAAAAAGAAGUGCGCACACACAUACACAGUCUCCCUCCCCACGGAACGGAGUCGGACACGGAGGGAGUGGGACGCAUGGAUCGGUUGUGAGGUGGGGUCCUCUUUCUUCUUGGCCCCACUCCAUCUUUGGGCCCAUUUCCCCCAACAAGUGGGCCCGAUCCAUUUCUUCCCAUUUUUGCCUCUUCUUCUAUUGGUUUAAAUUUCGACCAGUUAUUCUAUAUUUUGGUUUCUUUUAACUUUUUGGUGGGGGGAUCACUUCGGUUCUUGUUAGGAUUCUGUAGGUACUUUAACAAAAUGAUGAAAACCUUUGAUUUCUUGGAGUGAA